AUGGCCGUUGCCGAGUUCCCUGCUCAAAGCGCAGUGUCUGAGGAUGAAAUUGAGGAAGAAAACAGGCCCCGAGGCAAUAAUCUAAAACUCUGGGGCAACCUCACCACGAUGAACCUAAACAAUAUGAUAUAUACGAACAUCCAACAGUCACCAUAUUUCAAGAGCAACCUCAUCGAACUGAAAACAUACCACGAGGUUAUUGAUGAAAUUUUCUACAAAGUAGAGCCGUGGGAACGUGGAAGCCGUCGCAUCGGAUCCCAGACAGGCAUGUGUGGCGGCGUUCGUGGUGUCGGCACCGGAGGGAUUGUGUCGACAGCAUACUGUCUCCUUUACAAGCUGUAUACCCUAAAACUUACGCGUAAACAAUUAAAAGGCCUUCUUGAGCAUCCAGACUCACCGUAUAUUCGUGGACUGGGCUUCAUGUAUAUAAGGUAUUGUCUGCCCCCAGAGGAUCUGUGGAUCUGGUACGCACCAUACCUCGAUGAUACUGAGGAAAUUGACGUCAGGGCCGGUGGCGGAUGCGUUAUGACCAUUGGAGCUAUGUUGGAACAAUGGCUGACGAAACUGGAUUGGUUUUCUACACUAUUUCCUCGCAUUCCAGUGCCCGUUCAGAAGAAAAUAGAAGAGAAGUUGCGCGGCAGGCGUGCCAAGCAGUUAUCAGAGGGCCAGCAUCGUUCUUCCAGCUUUGGUGAACCUGAACGACCAGUUAGACGCGUGAACCGCGUUGAUCCUGAACCAGACAGUCGAAUGCGAAAGGAUCGUCACGGGUGUGCCAUCUUGUUGCUUGAUGCUGUUUUUUGUCGUCGUUCAAUUUUAAACGAGCUUGUUUUUUGCAGAUUUAUGCGUACUGGGGUUUUCUUACUAGUCAAAAAAUUUAGCUCUGUAACUCUGGUGUACGGCAUGAAUGACCUUUUAGAUUGCUGUCUAGUAUCUUUUUAA